UCUACAUUUUCAGACUGAGGUAGGUUUUCUGGGUGUCUUCCCUGCUUUCAGCUUGUCGGCUGCUUUUUAUAUGUAGAGACGUAAGUGAACAACAACUUCCAAACGAAACGAAAGGCAUACGCUUUUAAAAGGCGUAUUUUCUUAGAAAACGUUUUGUUGACACAGUCAAACAUAUUCGUUCAACGCAACUGUUAUUUGUUUGACAGAGAAUGAAUACACCCCUGUUAGUGUGGCGUCCGUCUCCAUGGUAAACCAAAAUGGCGGUAUCUGGAAAACACACAAUUAUGUCUUCCACACCAUUGCAGGUUCUUCUCUAUCUGAAUGGGUGGUAUUUUGCUGCCUACUUCCUCGCGGAGUCUCUGAUGUUUGUUUUCAAAGGAUUGAUGCUCCCAUACCCAACAGCUAAUCUCACGUUAGAUGUCGUGUUACUACUACUUUUCCUUGGCUUGGAGUCCCUCAGAAUCUUUUACGGUUGGAAGGGGAAUUUAACAGAGCGCUCUCUAGCCAUGUUUGUGAGUGUGCUGAUCCUGGUUCUGUGCGCCGUGCUCUCAGUCUACUACCUGCUACUGCAGACAUUUGUCCUGCGUCUGGAGUUUAUCCUCAACGCUGUCCUGCUCUGCUUCUACAGUCUGGAAAUGCUGCUUGGAAUCAUGUCCAUAUCUGCCUUCUCCCGGUCGAAAGUGUAUUAAAGGAGAUGAAUGCUGUUGUUACAAAUAGUUUCAAGGGACUUGAGGAAUGACUGAUUUGUCCAGGGACUGUUCUGUGAAUAUACUUUGUGUUUUUCUAGGAUAUGUUAAUGGCAUUAUAUUUUCUGUCUAAUAGAUUGUAAUUAUGAAAUAUCACUUUUUAUAAAACAAAAAACAUUGUUAAUAUAAAGGUCAAAAGCAAAGAAACAAGCAUACACACACUGGGUGUUUUCUUCAGGAUAAAUGAAAAUACAAACUCAGGAUUAAACCCAAUAUUAAUGAAAUAUCAAUGAAAACAUAACAAAAGAAAACAUUUUUAAAGUUACUUAAUUUUUAUGUCCAUUUAACUUUUGAAAAUGCAUUUGUUAUACAGAUAUUUUUUGUACUCGUAUGUUUUUCAAAAUAUUAUGUUUUAGACCAGGGAUUUGUUCAGUUGCUGAAUCUAAUGAGUACAGUUUUAAUGGCAAACUAUGCAAUCCACAUUGCUGUGAUGAAACAAUAUUCUAUAAAUAUUUUUUAAAAACAUUA